AUGGGAGGCCGUGCCUUGGUAGAGUCGUGGGCGCCACGAAGGCCGUUGCUGGGAAACCACAUAAACACCAGAGAGCACAGCCUUUCGUUUUGUUUGCUCGUUUGCUGUAGGGGGUUGUGGCCCCCCUGGAGCAGCAGACGGGUAUUUCCAUCCACCAAAAUGGAAAACCUGAUGGGCAUCGGACAGCACUUUAUGGCCAAGCUUAGGGACGGGGACAUGAUGGGGACUGGGGAGGAGGUGGAAGUGGCAGGGGGAGAGAGGAGAAAUUCCCUGCGCAAUGAUUUUGGAACACCAAAACAUGCAUACUUUUAUUUUUUAUUUUUUGCAUUGCAGGCUUCCAAAAGGAGAACGUCGAACUUCAGUGAAAGGCACCAGAAAUUAGUAGAUAUAAACUACAGACAAAAAUUGCAUGUUGAGGCACUAAAAAAGAUAGGGAAUCAAAUCAAGGACCAAAUGGUGCGGAAUGAAAAUGAGGACCGUGCUGAGCACAAGAGACUCCUCCGAUUAUUACAGAAUGAACAAUUUGAGUUAGAUAUGGAAGAGGCCAUUCAAAAGGCAGAAGAAAACAAAAGAUUGAGGGAACUCCAGCUUGAACAAGAAGAAAAAUUGGCUAUGGAACUGGCAAAACUAAAACACGAAAGUCUAAAGGAUGAAAAGAUGAGGCAGCAAGUAAGAGAAAACAGUAUUGAGCUCAGAGAAUUGGAGAAGAAAUUAAAAGCAGCUUACAUGAAUAAAGAAAGGGCAGCUCAGAUUGCUGAAAAGGAUGCCAUUAAAUAUGAACAAAUGAAACGUGAUGCUGAAAUAGCCCAAACCAUGAUGGAAGAACACGAGAGAGCAACGAAGGAAGAGAGUGCUGCGGAAGACAGACGAAACAAAGUAAAAGCACAGUACUAUCAUGACUUAGAGAAACAACUUGAAGAGCAAGAGAAAAAAAAGCAGGAAGCCUAUGAGCAGUUGCUGAAAGAGAAACUCAUGAUUGAUGAAAUUGUUAGGAAAAUCUAUGAAGAAGAUCAACUAGAAAGACAACAGAAGUUAGAAAAAAUGAAUGCAACUCGAAGGUAUAUAGAAGAGUUUCAGAAAGAGCAGGCUCUCUGGAGAAAAAAGAAACGUGAGGAAAUGGAAGAAGAAAACAGAAAAAUCAUAGAGUUUGCCAACUUGCAGCAACAAAGAGAAGAAGAUCGGAUGGCAAAAAUCCAAGAAAAUGAAGAAAAAAGGCUACAGCUUCAGAAUAUGCUGACUCAGAAAUUGGAAGAAAUGCUACAGCAACGUGAAGAUUUGGAACAAGUGCGACAAGAAUUAUACGAGGAAGAACAAGCUGAAAUACAUAUGAGGAAACUAAAAGAAGAAGCAGAAGAGAAAUUGAGAAAGCAAAAAGAGUUGAAGCAAAAUUUUAUAGAACAAAUGGCCUUGAAGGAACUAGUAUUACAGGCUGCAAAAGAGGAAGAGGAGAUCUUUAGAAAAGCUAUGUUAGCUAAACUUGCUGAGGAUGACCGAAUAGAAUUAAUGAAUGCUCAGAAACAAAGAAUGAAGCAACUGGAGCACAGGAGGGCUGUGGAAAAACUUAUUGAAGAGCGCCGCAAACAGUUCCUUGCAGACAAACAACAUGAACUGGAAGAAUGGCAGUUGCAGCAAAGACGGCAGGGAUGCAUUAAUGCGAUUAUUGAAGAAGAAAGACUGAAACUUCUUAAAGAACAUGCUACAAAAUUACUAGGAUAUCUCCCUAAAGGCAUAUUCAAAAAAGAGGAUGAUAUUGAAAUGCUUGGUGAAGAGUUUAGGAAAGCGUAUCAGAAAAGAAGUGAAAUUUGUGAAGAAAAGUGA